CUCCCGCAGGUGCUUGUACACCAUGGUCUAUUCCUGACUGCACCUUCACAGCCUCGGAUGGCUGUGUCCGUUGAUUUGCUUGCAUUCUACUGUGCGCUGUUUGAAUGCUCAUGUGAUGCGAUUAAUGCUCUUGCUUCUGCCCUAAAAAGUCACUACUCUCGGUGA